UUUAGUUAACUUAAUUUACAAAUUAAAAUAAAAUGAGUGUAGUUAAUGAAGAAACUCCUCUUAUUUUAUCUGAUAUUAAGUCAUAUAAUGGAGAUAAUGAGUUUUGCAAUGUGCAAACAAUAAAGCUUCGUAUUCAAAAUAUUUGUUGUGGGAAAGAAGCAGUAGUUAUAAAAGAGAAACUAAUAAAUUUAAAUGGUAUAAAGUCAGUAAAUGUUAAUAUUGUUAGUCGUUUGGCUUAUGUUACCCAUGAUGCUUCAGUCAUUCAAUCAUCAGUUAUUCUUAAAAUACUAAAUGAUCUUCAAUUAGGUGCAAGUUUAUUAGAAAGUGGAACUUUGGAUCAUCAAGAAAAUAAAUUUUUCAAAACUUUUUUAUUUCAGUGGUUUAAUUUAAUCAUAAUGACUAGUUUAUUUAUUGCAGUUGUUGUUACAUCAUUUAAGAAGCCAUUAUAUACAAAAUGGAUUUCAAUACCGCUUUUAACGAUUGGUGGUUUGCCAAUGCUGCAUAUGUUGUUUUUAAACUUAAAGCGCAAGGUUUUUGCAAACAUUAACUUACUUAUGCUGAUUGCAAUAAUUGGAGCAGUUGUUUUAUAUGAAUGGUUGGAUGCUUGCAUUAUUGUAUAUGUGUUUAUAAUUGCAGAGCUAAUUGAGAGGAUUUGCAAGUAUAAAGUUGAGAAGUCUAUUGCAGCACUUAUGGUAAAAAGGCCUAAUGUAGCUGUUUUAGCAGAAAAUAAUAAAACUGUUCCAAUUGAACAAGUACAAAUAGGAAGCUUAAUAAUUGUUUGUGCGGGAGAACAAAUACCUUUGGAUGGAGAAGUUGUUAGUGGAAAAGCUGCUGUUGAUGAAAGCACUAUAACUGGAGAAUCUGUACCUGUUAAAAAAGUUGUGUCUUCAAAAGUUUUUAGUGGAACCAUUUUGCAGACUGGAUUUUUAAAGAUAAAAACUGUUUGUGAUUAUAAUUCAUCUACAUUAUUUCAAAUUUCGCAACUUACUGAGUUAGCUCUGGCAAAAGAAUCACAUACUGUAAAACUGAUGAACAAAUUUGCACAGUAUUAUAUCCCUAUAAUUCUGUUUGGAUCAUUUCUGUGUUUCAUGAUACCUUACAUUAUUCACAAAGUUAAGCCAAGUAUAAUAAGUAACACUGGUAUUCAUUUGUGGGGUGUUCGUGCAUUGACAAUUCUUGUUGCUGGUUGUCCAUGUUCACUUGUUAUGGCAACUCCCUUAGCUAUUGUUUCUGGUAUUACUACUGCUGCGAAAAAUGGGUUGCUAAUUAAAGGUGGCGAAUAUUUAGAGCUACUUGCAAGAACAAAAACAAUUGCUUUUGAUAAAACCGCAACACUUACUGAAGGCAGAUUUCAAGUUAUUAAUGAAGCCUUCUUUAAUAGUAUGAAUGGUGAUGAUGUUAUAAAAGUUGCUGCUGCAUUAGAAUUAAAAUCAAGUCAUCCAUUAGCUGCCCCCAUUGUCAGUCGAUACUUAGGUUGUCUAACAGAUAUGCUGUUAAAAGAAGGUUCACAGUUUGGCUUACCUGAGGUUUCAGAUUUUGAAGUUGAAAGUGGUAUGGGUUUACAAGGAAAGAUUGAAGGUGUGAAUGUUGCUAUUGGAAACAUUGAACUCAUGAAAAAAUUAAAUAUCCUCAUUCACCAAAAGUCUCAGGAAUAUUUAAAAGAUUGGUCCAACCAAGGUUUUACUGUUGUGUUCAUAGCAAUAGAUGGAACACUGAAAGGAAUUUAUGGUCUGGCAGAUAAGCUCCGUGUUUCUGCUCCAUUAGUUGUUGAACAACUUCAAAAGAUGGGAAUAGAGGUAACUAUGCUCACUGGAGAUAAUGAAGGCUCUGCUAUGAUGGUGAUGAGAAAUAUUGGACUGAAGAGCUGUAGAUUUAGUAUGACACCUACCAAUAAAUUUGAAUGGAUUGAACAAAAAAAGAACGAAUGUCACAAAGUGGGUUUCACAGUUGCAAUGAUUGGCGAUGGAAUUAAUGAUAGUCCUGCUCUUGCUGCUGCUGAUGUUGGAAUUGCUAUUGGUUCUUCGGCAGCAGCACUCACUUUUCAAUCAGCUGGCAUUUUACAAAUGUCAGAUAAUUUGUUGAAAAUCGUUGAUUUGUUACAACUCGCAAAAUACUGCCGAAUAAUUGUGUUUCAAAAUAUUAUUGGAGCUGUAUUAAUAAAAUUAGUUUUUGUAUUAAUUGCUUUAUCUGGACAUUCAAUGUUGUGGUUUGCUGUUUUGUCGGAUGCUUUUGGCUUGUUAUACGUUAUGUUAAACGGAAUGAGACCUUUAUAUUGGAAACCUAAAGUUGGUAAUGCAGAUGUGACCCAAAAGGAUGCAUAAAAUUAUAUUGAUAAUAUAUUAAAAACUCAUAUAUUAUAUUGAAAAGUUAGUAGAAUACAUAUAGUGUAUAUGUGCGAGUUUGUUACAGGAAAUCUACACAAUUUGUUAAUCUAGAGGAAAAACUUUGUAAGAAUGUGAGCUUAUUUAAUGCCUUAAUUUUUUUCUUAAUGCAUUUGCAGGACAAGUUUAUUAAUAAUAUUUUUAAAAC